CAAUUUAGUCAAACGCCCAUCGCUUCUGGUCGUCUUCCUGCCUUCCUCUCCUCCUCCUCCUCGCCAUCCUUCUCCUCUCGCCAUUUCCUCCGCCGAAUCGCCGCCGCCCAAAUCCACCGCAGCAAACCCCUCUCCCCAGGUGUUCGUCGCGCAAUCCAGAGCUCUCCGCACGAAGAUUCCGCCGAGCAGGCCGCGGUCGCCCGGUUCUCCCGCUGUAUUGCUGCGGCCAGCGGCCUGAAUCUCGAGCCCGAGCAGCUCGCGGAGGCGGGGCUCCCGGCGCGGCGUCCCCUUUGAGCGUCUCUGCGAGUCGGCGGCCCGAAUCCGCUGCUGGAGGGAGCCCGGCGGCUGCGGGAGCUCGCGCUUCAGGAUAAGAUCGGUGCAGGGAUUGGAGGGGGCUCGCUGGUUAGGGCCCGGCCAUGGCGCUGUUCCGCAAGUUCUUCUUCAGGAAGCCGCCCGACGGGGUGCUCCUCAUCACGGACAACAUCUACGUUUUCGAUCAUUGCUUCUCCUUGAAUGCACCGGAGGAGGACCAGUUCGAGGCACACACCAGGGGCAUCGCAGCACAUCUUCUAGAAGAUUUUCAUGAUCACUCGUUCAUGGUCGCGAAUUUCGGGACACGGUCAGAAGAAAGCCGCUUAUACCACAUUUUGUCCGAGUAUGGCAUGACUGUUUUGGACUACCCGGGCCACUAUGAGGGGUGUCCACUUCUCACCAUCGAAAUGGUGCACUGCAUCUUGAAGUCCAGCGAAAGCUGGCUCUCUCUGGGCCAGCAUAACUUGCUCAUAAUGCACUGCGAACAAGGGUGCUGGCCUAUCCUGGCUUUCAUGCUAGCUGCUCUCUUGUUGUACCUGGGGCAGUAUUCAGAUGAGCAGAAAACACUGGAUAUGCUCUACAAACAAUCAUCUUCGGAGUUCUUGGAGAUGUUUUCACCUCUAAAUCCCAUGCCUUCUCAAAUUAGAUACUUGCGGUAUAUUUCGAUGAGGAAUGUCAUGCCUGAGUGGCCUCCCGCUGAUAGAGCCCUCACACUGGAUUGUCUGACUUUGAGGAUGCUUCCUGAUUUCCAAAGUCAAGGUGGUUUUUGUCCGAUAUUCAGGAUAUAUGGUCCAGAUCCACUCAUGCCUCAUGAUCAGACUCCCAAAGUUCUUUUUUCAACCCCCAAAACAAGUAAUCUUGUCCGUUUUAAUUCACAGGCAGAUGAACGGGUGAACAUAAACCUUCAAUGUCAUGUCCAAGGUGAUGUUGUCAUAGAGUGUAGCAACUUGUAUGAUGAUCUAGAUCGCGAGGAGAUGGUAUUCCGGAUCAUGUUCAACACGGCUUUCAUCAGGUCAAACAUCUUGAUGCUCAGCCGUGAUGAAAUAGACAUGCUAUGGAAUGCAAAAGAUCAAUUCCCUAAAGAUUUUCGAGCUGAGAGCCUUUGAGUCAUCAAGAUAAACAAGGACUUGGUGUUGAAGAGUUUGCUAAAGUGCUAGAUAUCUUCAACCAUUUGGACUGGUUGGAUGGGGAUAUGGAUACUGCACUGGACACACCCCAGAAAAGGUUCCAGGUUACUUCC